CUCGGUGCUGAUAGGUUCAAUGACGAACGAUCAAACAUGGCUGCGCCCAUGUAACUCCGGCAGCGGCCGCUGACCUUUCUUUUCCUUCUUGUCACCUGGCCCCUGUGGUGGCAGGCGGGGCACGAGAACCAUGCUGGGCUGGACCCUCCGAGAAGUUUCUGCAGCCCUGAAACAAGGCCAGAUUACACCAACUGAGCUCUGUCAAAAAUGCCUCUCCCUUAUCAAGAAGACCAAGUUUCUAAAUGCUUACAUUACUGUAUCAGAAGAGGUGGCUUUAAAGCAAGCUGAAGAAUCAGAGAAAAGAUACAAGAAAGGUCACUCACUAGGGGAUUUAGAUGGAAUUCCCAUUGCGGUAAAAGACAACUUUAGCACGUCCGGCAUUGAGACAACAUGUGCAUCAAACAUGCUGAAAGGUUAUGUACCACCUUAUAAUGCUACAGUGGUUCAGAAGUUACUGGAUCAGGGAGCUCUACUAAUGGGAAAAACAAACUUAGAUGAAUUUGCUAUGGGAUCUGGAAGCACAGAUGGCAUAUUUGGACCCGUUAAAAACCCCUGGAGUUUUUCAGAACAAUACAGAAAAAAGAGGAAGCAGAAGUCCCAUGGUGAGAAAGAGGAUUCAGAUUGGCUCAUAACUGGAGGAAGCUCAGGAGGGAGCGCGGCAGCCGUAUCAGCAUUCACAUGCUUUGCGGCUUUAGGAUCAGAUACAGGAGGAUCAACCAGAAAUCCAGCGGCCCACUGUGGGGUUGUUGGUUUAAAACCAAGCUAUGGCUUAGUUUCUCGUCAUGGUCUCAUUCCCCUGGUGAAUUCAAUGGAUGUGCCAGGAAUCUUAACCAGAUGUGUGGAUGAUGCAGCCAUUGUGUUAGGUAUACUAGCUGGGCAUGACCCCAAAGAUUCUACCACAGUACAAGAUCCUGUUAAACCAUUUGUGCUUCCCAGUUUGACAGAUGUGAGCAAAUUAUGUGUAGGAAUUCCAAAGGAAUAUCUUGCACCAGAACUGUCAAGUGAAGUACGGUCUCUUUGGUCCAAAGCCGCUAACCUGUUUGAGUCUGAGGGGGCCAAAGUAAUUGAAGUCUCCCUGCCCCACACCAGUUUUUCGAUUGUCUGCUACCAUGUAUUGUGUACAUCAGAAGUGGCAUCAAAUAUGGCAAGAUUUGAUGGGCUAGAAUAUGGUCAUAGAUGUGACAUCGACUUGUCUACUGAAGCCAUGUAUGCUGCAACCAGACGAGAAGGGUUCAAUGAUGUGGUGAGAGGAAGAAUUCUCUCAGGAAACUUUUUCUUAUUAAAAGAAAACUAUGAGAAUUAUUUUGUCAAAGCACAGAAAGUGAGACGACUCAUUGCUAACGAUUUUGUGAAUGUUUUUAACUCUGGGGUGGAUGUCUUGCUAACUCCCACCACCUUGAGCGAGGCAGCGCCAUACACGGAGUUCAUCAAAGAGGACAACAGAACACGCAGUGCCCAGGAUGAUAUUUUCACACAGGCUGUAAAUAUGGCAGGAUUGCCAGCAGUGAAUGUCCCUAUGGCCCUCUCAAGCCAAGGGCUGCCAAUAGGACUACAGUUUAUUGGACGUGCAUUUUGUGACCAGCAGCUUCUUACAGUUGCCAAAUGGUUUGAAAAACAAGUACAGUUUCCUAUUAUUCAACUUCAAGAACUAAUGGAAGAUUGUUCAUCAGUCUCUGAAAAUGGAAAGUUAGCUUCUGUUUCUCUAAAAUAGUAGUGAUAACUAUAUCAUGCGAAUUUAAAUUACUUGUAAAGAUUGUUAUAUUCUAGGAGUCAAGUGAUCUUGCUAAUCAAUUCUUAUAAUUUGGUUCAUUGUCAACACACUCAUUCCUUUAAUCACUUUAAAAAAUUCUUGUGAUAUAGUUACUUAAUUGUAAAUAAUCUGUCUUCAUGUAUUAAGCAUCCACUAAGUAUAAAUCAAGUACCAGAUUUCUAUUAUAAUACCAAAUACAUGUUCCUGAGAAAUGAUGCAGUCUGCAAAAAUAUUCAUUAAAAAGAACAGAGCUUACAG